CACUUUAGUCCUUUUAUACGAGCCGAUAGCCGAGCACCGUUUAAACCCAAAACCCUGGAAGCCAGCGGGUUCAGUGGUAAGGUUUUGCCGAUAGCAUGCGGCCUCCGAGGGGUGGCGGCGGUUUCAGGGGGGGUAGAGACGGUGGCCGUGGCGGCAGAGGCGGAAGAUUUGGUGGCGGCCGUGGUGGCUUUCGAGACGAAGGUCCGCCAGCUGAAGUCGUAGAGGUUGCUUCGUUCCUUCACGCUUGUGAGGGAGACGCGGUCACGAAGCUCACGAAUGAGAAGAUACCUUACUUCAAUGCGCCGAUAUAUCUGCAGAACAAGACCCAGAUCGGGAAAGUGGAUGAAAUAUUUGGGCCCAUCAAUGAAUCUUAUUUUUCGAUUAAGAUGAUGGAGGGCAUCAUAGCCACUUCAUAUGCUCCUGGAGACAAGUUUUAUAUUGAUCCUGCCAAGCUUUUGCCACUUUCACGGUUCCUACCGCAGCCAAAGGGCCAGUCACAGGCAGCGACAAGAGGUGGAGGACGUGGGGGAAGAGGUGUUGGCCGUGGGGGUGGACGUGGUGGAGGUUUCCGUGGGCGAGGUGGUCCGAGAGGUGGCCGGGGGGGUCCUCCAAGAGGUGGCCGUGGUGGUCCUCCGAGAGGUGGACGUGGUGGUGGCUUUAGGGGCCGAGGAAGGUCAUAAUGUGAGAGACAUGCUUUAUAAUCUGUUUUCCUAUGAAAUUCCUUUCUGCAACCAAGCUAAGAGGAAUUUGCUUGGGAUCAAAAUUUACCAGAAAGCAACUUUUAGGCUUUUAGGACGAGAAUCCUGAUGUCAUAUUUUGAUAUUUUAGGAGUUGGAGUUUAUUAUCAGGGGGUAAGGAUUUAUUAUCAUGCUUGUAGCUCUGUGACUGCAUAUUUUGAUAUUUGACUGUGAUCCCAAGAACGGAUUAACUGUUUGGAUUAUUUGAAUUGUUCCGAAUGUGUAAUACAUAUGGUUGAGGUUGUAGAAGGU